UCAACACUCUUAAUGGAUGUUUGUCGUACGUACCACUCCCAACCCUUGUCGUGCGAUGUCUGGAGGCGACUGUCGAAAAUGCCGAGGCCGGAGUGACUUUCACUUUCAAAGCCAGAGGAUCUAGGUCCUUUGUCAAAGGAGAAGCAGCGGUGAUCACUGGAUUCUGGUUGGAAGAAAAUACCACGUCUUCAUUACCGCAUUGCACAGAAGAUAAUUCCGUGACAACAAGUGGGAAUGGAACCUCGGCAGAGACAACAGUGCACCACACUAGCACGCAGAGUGAUACCUCUGUUAACCUAAGUAUGACCCCGACGAUAAUGCCAAUGGUCACACACCCUGUGCAGACAAGUUCGGGGUUAGAUACCACUUCGAGUACCGUAAAGAAAUCCAACUUUAAUGUGACUUUGAGCCGAGGAACAACCACCGAAACUGGAACAAGUUUAUCCCAAAUUACUGAUACUUCACAAUUGAUGACUUCUGUAACAAUCUCCUCGAACCAAACGGCGAUCUCUAACUUAGCUUAUACCACACAGAAAACAAUAGACCCAAAACCCCCGACAACGGAUAUCAUGUCUGGGACAAGAACCUCACAGACAGACGUAGAAGAAAUCGUAAGUGUUGGUGCGUGUGUUUGCAAGUGUAAAGGAACCGGAAAUUACAUCACAGAAGCGGAGUUGGCUUUAAAGAUUCACCUUCAAAAGACUAAAAUUACACUACAGAAAACGAACCUGACCGCCUACAUCCGCAAGCUGACGUCAGCUACAGACUCACGGACCUCAGCCCAGGGCCUCGGGUAUCUGGGGGCGCUGGUUAUAGCUAUCGUAGUUUGUAUUCUUAUUUUGUUUGAUGUCCUCAAUUGUUUGCAGUCUAAAUCUUCCAUAAGCAGGACAAAAUGAGAAAAAACACUGAUGUAAAAUGAAUUUUUGUAUGGUCAAAGCAA